CCUUUCUUUUAACCUUUUUUUUCCUCGAAAGGAGUUUUUUUACAGGCACAAUGAUUCCCUUAACAAACAGAUUCACAGUGUUGGAGACUUUGGAAACAGAUGGGGUGGAACAAACACUACACACAGACCAGCAUCUACACAACUCAAAACCCAGGGAAUUUUUAGAUAGACAUUUGAGGAAGUUGUAUUUUAAAUUCUUACAGGCCACACACCAUGAAGACAUUGUGACAACAGCUCUACAUACGCAAAUUUUUCCAAAGGGCAUGUCUAAACAAACACACAAACUUACACAGUUUAUCAAACCGGCAUGCCCCAAGCAACAAACUCUACAUAGAAUUACGGAAAACACACAAAAUUGGAUGAAGGCAAAUAUGCAGAUCCUCAAAGACCAUUACGUUCAAGUGAAAGCAGAACUACUGAAUCGAAUCCACAAAAUGGAGGAAACAGAAUGGCAGAUAGCAGUUAAAUGGGCCAAAGGUAGAUUCAAACACAAAUUGAGGGAAGACAUAAUAGAAAAGGCCAAAACACAAAUGGAACAGAAUCUAGUGGAAACAGAAAAUGGAGGAACUGCAUGUUUGCCUAUCCAAGUAUCAAACAGCUCCUCUAAUCCUUCUUCCACUGCCGCCUCUUCUUUUUCUUCUUCGUUGUCUUCUUCAAUCUCUUCCUCUUCUUCCUCCAAACAGAGUCCGAGUAAAGACGACACAAACCUUGUGGCAAGUUCUCCACAGAUGCAUUUAUCGAAAAGCAAUGGAACACCUCGGCCUUUAAACAACAACUCCGAUAAGACCAAGGGGGAGCCGACCCAGGGGGAUAGGAAGCAGGAGAGGAAGGAGGUGAUGAAUGGGUCUACAGAAAGGAAGACCACGUCCUUGAGAAAAGCCCGAUCUGAAUCCUCCCUUUCCCUUUCCCCUUCCUCUUUCUCGUUGACUCCCCUGCAUGUGGAACAUCCGGACAGGGUGGAGCCCCAAAUAAAAACCUGUGAAGUGAGGAACCAUUGGGUUCCUACUAGACAUCCUAACACCACUAGAAAGAUUGCAGAUUGGACACUGGAAGUAAAGAAACCAGUUUUGUUUAUAGGGGACUCCAACCUGUCCAGAAUUCCCUAUUUUAGUGACGAAAAUGUUCAGGUGGAUAGUUACCCUGGAGCCAACUUUUUACAUAUAGCCAAGGUGUUACAAAAAUUAACCCCUAAUCCAAACACUCAAAAAGUCGUCCUAUCAUUAGGAAUCAAUAAUAGAGAACAAACAUUCGAAAGUACAACAAAAAAACAGUUGCAAGAGCUGUGGAGAAUUGCUGCAGUGGUUUUUCCCAAUGCCACGAUCUACACCCCAUUAUUAAACUACUCGGAUAUCCUACCUAGACGACAACAAGAAACUCUAACAAAACUGAACACUCAUAUACUGGCACAUGGUAAUCCAUUGCAGGAACUUCACCCACUUAGGUUCAAGGUGAACCCGAGGGACCCUAUCCACUGGACCACGGAAACGGCUUCGCAAAUGUUUACAUACUGGUUGGAUCAGUUAAACUUUUAGGAAUGGUGAAGUGCAAUAAAACAGACAACAAAAAGCACACCAACAUCAUUAACCUAUCCAAAACGUUUUGUCUCACAGGUCCGCAGGAGGAUUUACUCAGCAAGGGUCUCACCUUCAUCCCGACGCCAUGCGGUACGGACUUGGGGGAGCUGGGGAGGGAUGUCCACGCUUACAAUAGACAACUUAAAAUUUUAGACCACUUCCAAUACACAAAAUGUAAAGAACACUUACAGUUUACAGAAAAAUCCAGAUGGGAACCGAGCACCGAACAGACCAGUUUACCUAUAAAGCAGUUGAUUAAAAAGAACAGGAUGAUUAUCAAUUCUCUUUCAGAUUUUUCCAACAAUCAAGCAGAUAAUUUAACCGCCACAGAACGCAGAGCACUCAAAGAAUUACAAACCAACAAAGAUAUAAUAAUUAAACCGGCAGAUAAAGGCUCAGCGAUCGUCAUAAUGGACAAACAACAAUACUUACUAGAAGCAAAUAGACAAUUAAACAAUACCAAUCAUUACACUUUACUUCCACACUCAUUACAACAGGAAACACAAUCAUUGGUAACAUCCAUUUUACAGGACUUAAAACAGAAAGGCUUCAUUAACA